AUGGCCUCGGUGGCGGCCUGGCUGCCGUUCGCACGUGCGGCAGCGAUCGGUUGGGUGCCGAUCGCGACCCAUCCGUUGCCGCCGCCGCCGAUCCCGAAGGAUCGUCGCAAGGCGGACGACGAGAAGCUGCUGAUCAACGUGAGCGGUCGUCGUUUCGAGACGUGGCGGAACACCCUCGAGAAGUAUCCGGACACUCUGUUGGGCUCGAACGAACGUGAAUUCUUCUACGACGAGGAGAGCAAGGAGUACUUCUUCGAUCGUGAUCCGGACAUAUUCCGUCACAUAUUGAACUAUUAUCGUACCGGGAAGCUACACUAUCCGAAGCACGAAUGUCUGACCAGCUACGACGAGGAGCUGGCGUUUUUCGGUAUACUGCCGGACGUGAUCGGCGAUUGCUGUUACGAGGAUUACCGUGACCGGAAACGGGAGAACGCGGAACGUCUUAUGGAUGAUAAACUUAGCGAGAAUGGGGAUCAAACGUUGCAACAGCUGCCCGAUAUCAGGCAGAAGAUGUGGCGGGCGUUUCAGAAUCCUCAUAUAUCGACCGCCGCGUUGGUGUUCUACUAUGUGACCGGUUUCUUCAUCGCCGUUAGCGUGCUGGCGAACGUGGUCGAGACCGUGCCGUGCGGUAAUCGUCCGGGACGCGCCGGCACGCUUUCAUGCGGCGAACGUUACAAGAUCGUGUUCUUCUGUUUGGACACCGCGUGCGUGAUGAUAUUCACCGCGGAAUAUCUGUUGAGGCUGUUCGCAGCACCGAGCCGUUGUAAGUUCGCACGAUCCGUGAUGUCGAUCAUCGACGUGGUCGCCAUAUUGCCGUAUUACAUCGGUCUCGGUAUCACCGACAACGACGACGUGUCCGGCGCGUUCGUCACAUUGCGGGUAUUUCGUGUGUUCCGGAUCUUCAAGUUCUCCAGGCACUCUCAAGGUCUGCGGAUUCUCGGUUACACGCUGAAGUCAUGCGCCUCGGAGCUCGGUUUUCUCGUUUUCUCGCUGGCGAUGGCGAUCAUCAUAUUCGCCACCGUGAUGUUCUACGCGGAGAAGAACGUCGACGGGACGAACUUCACGUCGAUACCCGCUGCAUUCUGGUACACCAUCGUGACUAUGACCACAUUGGGGUACGGUGACAUGGUUCCGAAAACGAUCGCGGGAAAAAUCGUGGGGGGUGUAUGCUCCCUUAGCGGUGUCCUUGUGAUCGCUUUACCGGUGCCUGUUAUCGUCAGUAAUUUCAGUCGAAUAUACCACCAGAAUCAGCGGGCGGACAAGCGAAAGGCGCAGAGGAAAGCCAGAUUGGCGCGUAUCAGGAUCGCGAAGGCUUCAAGCGGAGCGGCCUUUGUGAGCAAAAAGAAGGCGGCCGAGGCCCGACUGGCCGCGCAGGAGAGCGGUCUUCAGCUGGAUGACUCCUACAAGGAGGAGGAUAUUUUUGAAUUGCAGCAUCAUCAUCUACUUCGUUGUUUAGAGAAAACCACGGAUCGCGAGUUCGUGGAGAUGGAGGUGCCGUACAACGGUGCCCCGAAGAGGCCGGGCUCGCCGUCGCCGUUGACCUCGCCCGCGCACAGCACUGCCUCGAGGGGCGGCCUGCUGCACGCCUGCUGCGGCCGGUGCUACCCCCAACGUUACCAGAGCUUGUCGUAUCAGCUCACCUCGAACGAGAGCAAGGAUAGAGUGGUGCUCGUUUACGGAGAUCGUAUAGAAGUGCGGACAAAGGACCUAAAGAAGCGCGGUUCCCACACCUGUGACAUGCAGGCCCUACAGCCACUUCCGGUCCCAACCACCACCACCACCACCACCACCACCACCACCACCACCAACACCGUGCCUGCCAUGACUACUUCCGGUGGGCAGUCACCGCUUCCGGUAUCGGAGACCGCUUGAGUCGAUCACCGAGACAAAUCACGAACCGCCAUAUCCGUUAUAUAUAUAUAUAUAGAAAACAAACAUAACAAAAUCACCUCUAAGAAACCAACCAACCAACCAAUCAACCAACCGUCCUCCUCUUCUACUCGAUGAGAAAG